UUUGGCAUUGAAUAUUUUGUGUGGUAGAGUCUAACAAAAAAAAUUAUUUCAUUGAAUUUGUGGUUGUCCAACAAACAUAAUUGAAUUUUUGCUAAUUUCAAUUAGUUAUUUCCAUAGCUAGCUUCCGAAAAAUAAAAUUCGUUGUCCGUUCCCCGAUUCGGGUAAGCGAAUUUAAACAAAUUAUUGUCGUGAAUUUUGAUCGGAUUAUAUGUCAAUGGUGUUCCUUAAAGGCACAUCCUUAAUUGAAAGUGUCAAUGUUCCAAUAAAUCGAACCAAUUUUUGCAAACAAAAAGCAAUUCCAAUCAAUUGGAUCAAUCAACUGCGGUCAUGCCCCGUGGUACUAAACGGACAGUACGUACCGCGGCUCCAGAGACAGACAUGACAAAUGAAUGGGGUGGGAAACGGCAAAAACAGAAUCAACCAAGGCGUCAAAAAGAUGAUGGAUUCAACAAUAAACGAUGCAUGACUUGGUUCAGACGGUACACUACCCCAGACGAUCCAGAUACAUUGGGACCUGAAGGAAUGGAGAAAUUCUGUCAAGAUAUUGGCGUCGAACCGGAAAAUGUUGUGAUGUUAGUGUUAGCUUAUAAGAUGAACGCUCGACAAAUGGGUUUCUUCACACAAUCCGAAUGGACGAAGGGCUUUACUGAUUUACAGUGUGAUAAUGCGUCAAAAGUGCAGUCCAAGUUAGACCAUUUGCGGAAUUAUUUAAAUGAUUUCAAUACAUUCAAAGGCAUUUAUCGAUACGCUUAUGACUUUGCUAGAGAUAAGGAUCAACGGAGUAUGGAUAUUGAGACAGCCAAAGCAAUGCUACAGUUGCUGCUUGGUAAAGAUUGGCCAUUAUAUCCGCAAUUUGCACAAUUCCUAGAGAGUUCAAAGUAUAAAGUAAUAAACAAAGAUCAGUGGUGUAAUAUUUUGGAGUUUUCUCGUACCAUCAACGUAGAUCUCUCAAAUUAUGAUAUCGAUGGGGCUUGGCCAGUUUUAUUGGACGAAUUUGUUGAAUGGUUAAGACAAAUGCGUGGACAAUGACGCGGUCAUUGAAAUGUCGACAACAAACAGGAUAAAACGAAGAAGUAUAUAAUCAUAACGGCAUCCAACAAAAACACAUUAAACACACACACACAAAAAUCAAAUGAAAAAAUCUCUUUCACACUUUCAUCGUCAACUUGAAUUUAUUUAUAAAACAAAACCGAAGAAAAAACUCAACUCAAAAUCACCAAAUCCUUAAUUCAUAAAUGCAAACGUUUCAUUAGUAUUCAAGCCUGUGUAAAUAUUAACAAAUUUAUCGUUUAAUUUUUGAUACAAUUUGUAGAACAAUAUGAAUAGAUUCAGUUGAAAUUAUUGUCAGUCAGAAACACAACAAAAAUGAAGAUCAAACCAAUAAUAAAUUAACAAAUCGAAGUGUACAUCGUGUCCACAAGGAGAACCUUUAUCGUUUCGUCAAAAGAAAACCAUUUUUGUUAAAUUAUUUUUUUUGUUGUUGUUGCUUAAGUAUGCUUUACAAACAAGAAGGCAAACGACCAUCAUUAUGUUCAAUUAGGUAACAAUAUUUUGUUUUGUAUUCGGAUUCGGAGCAAAUUGUUUCGUAUUUUCGUCAAAUAAUAAAACUUAGCUUUAUGUUUCGUGAAAUUAAACGAUUUCGAUUCUAUGAAAAACCAAACGGGUCACAUGCGACUAUUUUUAGGAUUCCAUUUUCCCAGCCCAACCAAAUUUUCCAAAUUCCAAAUUUCCAAAUUUUUUAGAAAAUCUAGGAAAAUGUGGGAAACAUUUGAACAAUCAUGGUCCCUGGAUUUCUGUGUCACGCUUAUCAAUCAGACACAUUUUCAGUUUGUCGUCAUCAUCAGCUAGAUUCGGAAGUCGAUGGAGGAGUCAACACAAAAUUUUGCUGGCCUCCGCCUUUGCCACAGGUGUCGUAAGCUGUUCUUUCGGAACCUUAUAUCAUAAGAUCAAAUGAAAAUUCUGCUCCCGAAGUCAUUUCGACAUCUCCAGGAAUUGAAUCAUUUAGUUCAUUACUGAUCUUAAAAGAAUGCAGGCCGGAGCGUUAAUAGCGAUCACUGUCGAUAACAGAUUGUAGCAGCGAGGUAUUUAGCUAUUCGAUGACUGACCUUCUAAACUGUCGUUGAUAUUCCAAUAUAUUGAGAAGAUGGUUCAAUUGAGUCAUAGAGUUAACGGUGACAAAGUUCAAUUGAGUCACAGAGUUCGAUUGAAUGACUAAGUUCAAUCGAAUGACAGAAUGAAAUUGAGUCCCAGAGUUCAAUUGAGUGACAAAGGUCCAAACUGAUAUUUUCGAAGAAAAGGAACCAAGUUUCGAUAGGACGGAGUCUACCUUUCGUAGAAAGUUCUUUGUUAGUUUAAUAGAUAGACCGCCUCAGGUCUUUAGUACAAAUUGUAUUUUCUGAAGUUCAGAUAUUUGAACUUCGUCAUGACAGAGUCUUUUUAGCUAUAAAUAAAGGACUGCUGUACCUCCACUUCCACUUUCACCAUCCUGUGAGUUAGUAAUAGAAUCAGUCCUUGUGGUUAAAUAACUUAAAUUUUCAAAUUUUCCGAUUUGGCUGAGCACACUGAACCACCUAUGCAAGUUCGUCAUGUAAAUGGUAUAAAAUCUUACCAAAUUCACAUCCUAUCCGCCGCAUCCUGACUGACUAUUCCAACGCAAACUCUCGGUUAAUGAGAUGGUAAACUGGUCGCCCUACCUCUUUCUAAAAAGAUUAACAGAAAAAAACUCCUAAAUUCCAUGACUGCCCUGCUAAUUGAACUUUGAAUUUGAGUCUGACAUAUUGGGUAAUCCAGUCCAGUGAGAGGUGUAUUUCAGUCUAGCUUCGGUCAACCACACAUUUUAUCGGAAUGACUUCGUCGAGUGACGGUUGCUCACAGAUGACCCUGGCUGGGUAAAGCUCAAAACACACAGAGCAUCGAAACCUUGUUUCGACCAAAAUUUUCUUUGUUCGUUAAUGCUUAACGAAACCAUCACAAAGGGAAUUUUGAUCGAAAUACUUUUUCGGUUCCUUGUGCGUUUUGAGCUUAAGUCGUUUUAAUCAAAAAUUGUUCAAAAUACGACACAUAAAGCUGCAUUGCCGGUGAACUGCUCCCAAGUGAAAUAAGCGGCUCUUUUUGCUCCGAAUCACAUUUACUGAGAUUAUGAUCUACCAUCCAAUGGUAGCACACAGCACACAAAUCACAUCGAUAUUGUUUAGUUAAGUGGGAGAGAGAGAGAGAGAGAGAGAAAUGAAAAAAAGAGAAGA